UCCAUACUCAUCAAUUCAUGCAUGCAAUUGUUGGAACCAACAAUUCAAUUUCAUUCAAACUUACUAAAAAUGUACAAACCCUCCUCUUCCGCUUCCUCCUCACCACAGCCCAAGUACAAGGGCGUUCGGAAGCGCAAGUGGGGCAAAUACGUCACCGAGAUACGCCUCCCCAACAGCCGGGAGCGCAUCUGGCUCGGCUCCUACGACACGGCCGAGAAGGCGGCCCGCGCCUUCGACGCCGCCAUCUUCUGCCUCCGUGGCCCCACCGCCAAGCUCAAUUUCCCCGCCGACCCCCCCAACAUCUCCGGCUGGCAGGCCCUCAAUCCGGCCGAGAUACAGGCCGUGGCCCAGCACUACGGCAACACCUACUCCUGCAGCCAGCCUCCUCCGCCGCCGCCGCCGCAGCCGGAGGCUGUGGAAUUAGAUGACACGUCACCCCCGUCGAAUUCUGAGGGGGCCGAGCCGAUGAAUUCUAUCGACUGGUCGUUCCUCGACGCGUUGGACUCGGGGAAUGCAGGCCGUGUCACGGAUUUCGAGCUUUUUCACGAGCCAGGUGACAUAUACAUGCCCCCGAAUCUGCCGGAGAGAGGCGCUGACGACGAAUACGGCUACGAAACGGGAACCGGUGGUAAUGUGUCAUCCUCUUUUCUUUGGAAUUUCUAAUCAGAGAAAAAUCAAGUAAGUAUUUAAACACAAUUCCAACAAUAAGAUGUUUUUCCUUCAACCAAUAAGUCGAGGCGAUAUAUGAGUGUGUAAUUCACAGAAAGUUUAUAAAGAGGGAUUUGGAAAUUAGUAUACUACUCACUUUCCGUUUAUACAUAUAGUAGUAGUAGUAGUAGUACUAUAUAUAUUUUUUUGCCGGGAAGUCAAUUUGGGAUUAGUUUAUGGAGGAAAUGGAUAGAAUAUUAACCAUUUAUGGUUUGUUUAAGGUAGUAAGUAAUCUAUAUUCCCGGAUUGGUAUUGUAAGAUCAUAUACUGUAAUAUAUAUAAAAAUAAAAUUGCUGAUUA